UCAGUCACAUUUUGUGACAACCAUGGUCUGUAUGGUGGGGCAAUGCAUCUGCAUGAAUAUUCUGCAAUUCGUGUCCACAAAGGUGCAACGCUAAGUUUUGAAAACAACACUGCAUAUAGUGGUGGUGCUCUGUUUGUGAACAAUAAUGGUGUAUCCAAAGAAUGGCAUUUGGUAGGCCCUACUGCACGGAAUGAUUACUGUUUCAUAAAUCCAAUCAGUUUUGAUGGCUACACCAGAUUUCAUGAUAAACAUGAACAACUGAAUGCAACAGUCAAGUUUGUCAACAACAAAGCAGAUGUGGUUGGUAGAGGUGGAGCUAUCUAUUCACAUUCAUUAGACGUUUGUGCAUGGCAAGAAGGCAGUGGUUUGAACUUUACACAUGCACUCAGAUCAUCUAGCUUUUCGUAUGUCAACAAUCAGCCGAACAAUAUUAGCUCCAAAAUGGUUGCAAUCAAUGCCACACUGGAAGCUAACACAAUAGACCACAAAACCAAACAUCAUUUGUUGAACAGUGACACUCGAUGUUCUGAUAAUAGAAAUGUCUAUUGUAUUACCCCUGGUAUUUCAUAUAUUCUGAAAGCUAGGGGACAAGAUUCUCUUGGCUAUGAUGUUUCUGGAGCAGUAAUAGUCAAUGCAAGUACUAGAAAUAUUAGUAUUUCACGUUAUCACCACCUGUUAACUCAUUCAGAAGGUCAAAGUCAGGAAUUUCAAUUUACAGCUGGUGUUGGUUGGACGAGCUUACACGUUGCUGGUUCUUUAAACACAACAGCAGAAAUUGUAGUUCGACCUCAGACGACUUUUCUCCAGAAAUCCUUCAACGUCAGACUAAUCAAUUGCUUUGCUGGUUUUCAAUAUGAUUCAAAGUCUCGAACGUGUAAGUGCGAUAAUGGUAAAGGCGAACACAAUCAUAUCAUGGAAUGUCGAUACUAUGGCGGAGUAAGAGUGCAAGCUGGAUUUUGGAUUGGACACAUUACCGAGGGUGGACAUCUUGUAUCAUAGGGUUGCCCCGUUGGUUAUUGCGCUUGCUCUAGUGACAGCUGCUGGUUGGAUCCACGUGUUCGCCCAGAUGCACAAUGCACUAAAGGACGUGAUGGAACACUUUGUGGUAAAUGUGCUGAAAAUUACAGUGCAACAUUUGGUUCACUCUAUUCUAAAUGUGAACCUUACUGUAAAGAUGAAUACAAGUGGGAGCUUCCUUUACUAUCAUUAUUCUCAGCCAUUGUAGUGGUUAUUGCAGUCUUUUUAGACUUGCAUGUGGCUUCUGGUGUACUCCGCUCAUUAAUUUUUUAUUUCCAGAUGGUUGGAUUUACACUAAAUGCAUUUGCACCAGGUGGAAUACUGUCUCAGAAAUGGGUUGCUUACUUAGCUGGCAUUGCCAACCUGAACAUCCGAGAGGGCAUAUGUAUGUGGGAGAACAUGACACCACUCCACAGCACCGUGCUCCAGUACUUUAUGCCAACGUGCAUCUUUGUCUGUAUGGCUAUCUUUGUCAUCUUGGCUUGAAAGUUUGCUCGUAUGGCACGAAUUCCUGUCCUCCGUGCAUUUUGGAGUUUAUUGACAUUGACUUAUGUUAGUAUAUCAUACACAACAUUUAUUCUUUUGCAAUGUGUGCCAUUAGAAGAUGGAGAUGAUUACUACUGGUAUGGAGAUGCCACCGUUAGAUGCUUCACUGGUCAACAUACCAAAUUUGCCAUUGCUGCUCUCAUUAUUGCAAUUUUCUAAGUUAUUCCAUUUCCUUUCUUUGUUGCAUUUGGUUUGCCUUGGAUUACCAAACUUAAACCAGUAUCUGACAUCAGUCUUCAAGCUUUCAAAGAGCAGCACUGGUGGGGAGAGGGCGGAAAUUUUGGUCGAAGGCUUCUUCUAAUUGUCAUUCAUUGCUUUUCUGGCAAUCCG